CAGAGGUGAAAGGUUGCCGAAAGCCACAAUGAAAUGUUACAUUAUCUUCUCUGGAGUUGUUACCAUUCUGAUUUAUCUUAAAUAUUCUGUUAAUGGAAGAUGGCCUUACAAUGACAAACACAGAUCUUUCUUGAACUCCCAACUUCAGAAUGGUUUAAGGCAAGAAAUUUUGAGGCGACACGAGGACCUGAUUAUCUUUUACAAAGCUUUAUUGGAAGAAUUUAGUAUUAAAACAUCACCGAUGGAGAUUGAACUGGACACAGUCAACGUGCUGGACUUCCAUAUUCCAACAGAAGAGAACGUUCCGCCUGGAACAUUGGGUUGUGUGGACCUUCUUCAUUUAACAGCAGUAGAUUACAUUGGGUCUGGAUUCACCAAAUUGGUUUUAAAGGGAACUAUGUUGGAUGGGAGAUCAAUAGCACUCAAGUAUGUGCAUAGUGAAGGCAAUGACAUAAAGCAGUGCGUAGAUCUUCACAAAGACCAUGUAGGUUGUCACAGGCUGGCCACUUACAAACUACAGAAAGAAGUCGCCCUUCUGCAGAUCCUACGCCACCCCGGUAUUAUCAAGGUAUGAAAUUUGUUUUACACCAGCCUUGUUAAUGCUCUUAUGCAGUGUGCAAUCGAAUUUCUAUCAUUUCGUAGUAUUAUUAUUUAUUGCAAUUAUAGGGAAAAAAUAAACCUUUUUUUUAAAUAAAUAUCCCAAAUAAGUGUUGGUCAAAUCGGGUAGUGCCAGUUCUACCCUAGGCAUGAAACCUAUAUCAUACGUUUAGAAAUUUCUAAACUUUUUAUUAUUUAUAUAGCAGAAACAGAAAUAAGAAAUGAAGACAGUCCAGCUCAAACAAGCUUACUUUGUGAGCUCUGCAUAGGACCCAAUAGUAAAUAAAUUCUUAAAAUGGAGUACAAAGGUUCCUUUUGCCCUUACUUUUUGCGUUAAAUCCUCUAAUUACAAGUAAGCACACAACACACAUCUUCCCAGUGUACCUAAGAUUAGUGGUUGCUCUGGACUUAAGUAACAAAUGUAAAGGGAAGGAGAAACAAAUAUAUAAAACGAUACGAUAGUGUAGAGUGAUUUAUAAUUAGAGAGGAUUAUAUAUAUAUAUAUAUAUAUAUUUAAAAAAUAGGAUAUGUUGGCUACAGUAUAAUAAAUUGGUGUAAAUAUGGAAUUAUAGACUAGGCUAGAAUCAUUGAUGUAUUAGAGAAUAUUGAACAUCAUGCAUUGUAUUUAAUAAUAUCUGUAAUUCUUGGAAUGUAAAGGGAUCUAUGUAGUAAAGGAAUAUGACCCCUUCCCCUUAGCCAAAAGCUCUAUUAUUAUUAUUAUUAUUAUUAUUUUUGUUAUAAAGCGCCAACACAUUCUGCAGCGCUAGAAUGGGCAAAGUUUGGAAGCAGGAGUGAGUGCCAGGACAGAAUGGGUGACUGUUUUCUAUGGAUAUGUCAGUGGGUGUCCACCGCUCCUAGGAUGACAAGAAAUGUAAAUUUAUUAAAAGGGACAGCCUAGGCACCAUAGCAACUAUAUAGCGUCAUUGUGUCUGUAAUCCCAGCAGUCCUCUGGCGCCAUACCUGGUAAGUAGUCAAACUGUUUUGAAAUGGAUUGACAUUUAAUUAGGUCCCACGAGUUCCUUCUGUCCAGCUUCCUUUUCUGCACUAACUAUUGACCCAUUCUUGGACGUAACUCAUUGGCUGAGAGCUUUCAGCCAAUUCAUUUUAUCCAAGUAUGGAUGAUAUUGGCAUAUCUCUUGUGGAAUGGGGAUCUCUAGUUUAGAUAAACCAGGGGUGCCUUGGGAAAACCGUUUUGAAAAAUGUUUGACUACUUACUGGGUGAUGGCCGAAAGAGACUCCUGGCUCCAUAACCACUACAGCAUGAAGUUGUGGCUAUGGUGCUUGGAGUGCUCCUUUAAGGUCAGCAUAACAGUUGCAAUUGCAACUACUAUGCCUGGAUUUGUAGCUGCUAUAACUCCCAUCAUCCUGAGUCAUCCAAAGAGAGGAUAACGCCAGGUGCCAACUUCUGAAAUACGAACACAGCGUAUUAUUUACUGGGUGUUUGAUCAUGACAAGAAUUUUAGAAGUAAAGUGAAAAAACAAAAAUCUGGAUAUGUGCUCAUCAAAGGUAAGUAGUAAAACAGGCGCACUUCACAUUUGAGGGUAAAUAUUUGAUGAACACUUGAAGUAAUGAUUUUUUGCUUCUUUUUGUUCAAUUCUUUCCUGUAAUGUUGUGAAUUGGUUUUCCAGCAUUUUAUGUUACAUAAACUAUGCUCCUACCUGUAACUUGAAAAAAAAGGUACAUUUAGAGCUUCCCACAGUCUGAGGCUCGCCUUUUUCUCCCACAAAUAAAGAGAGCACAGUGUAGUAUAGUAUAGUGCACGGUUUAGUGUAGUCUAGUAUAGGACAUCCAGAAUCAAGGAUUCGGGCUGGUUGAUUGGCAUGAGUCAGAGAUGGAGUAACACCCUGAUUAAAACUGUCAAAUAAAAUAAAGAUGACAGUGUUUAAAGUUGAAAUGUUGCAUAGACCAUGUGCUUGCACGAUAAUCAUUUCAGCAAGAUGAAUUGGCUACAGUGACUAGAGCACGGGUGCCCAAAAGGUAGAUCCCAAGAUGUUGUAGAACUACAACUCCCAUGAUGCUUUACAUGCCUUUAAAAUGCAUUAUAAUGACAAAGUAUCAUGGAAGCUGUAGUUAGAAAAAAUCUGGUGAUCUGCCUUUUGUGCACCCCUGGCAUAGAGUAACCUUUCAGGUUUUAUUGAAAAGAACAUUCCUAAUGCUUGGGCAAACUGCAUGUGUAUUAAAGGAACACUAUAGUCACCUAAAUUAAUUUAGCUAAAUAAAGCAGUUUUAGAGUAUAGAUCAUCCCCAUGCAAUGUCACUGCUCAAUUCACUGUCAUUUAGGAGUUAAAUGACUUUGUUUACGUUUAUGCAGCCCUAGCCACACCUCCCCUGGCUAUGAUUGACAGAGCCUGCAUGAAAAAAAAACUGGUUUCACUUUCAAACAGAUGUAAUUUACCUUAAAUAAUUGUAUCUCAAUCUCUAAAUUGAACUUUAAUCACAUACAGGAGGCUCUUGCAGGAUCUAGCAAGCUAUUAACAUAGCAGGGGAUAAGAAAAUCUUACUUAAACAGAACUUGCAAUAAAGAAAGCCUAAAUAGGGCUCUCUUUACAGGAAGUGUUUAUGGAAGGCUGUGCAAGUCACAUGCAGGAGGUGUGACUAGGGUUCAUAAACAAAGGGAUUUAACUCCUAAAUGGCAGAGGAUUGAGCAGUGAGGCUGCAGGGGCAUGUUCUAUACACCAAAACUGCUUCAUUAAGCUAAAGUUGUUCAGGUGACUAUAGUGUCCCUUUAAAGGUGCAUACUAAGCUUGGUAACCAAUGGAGUCUGUUGUAGUGGUUAUGGUGUAAGGAGGCCGUGGUCUCGUCCUCCCCCAGGAAAAGAAAACUGUAUGUGCAAUAGUUUUAUAAAUGCUUACAAUGCAAGUCAAUGAUAGUGCCACCACUAUAUGUGCCUGCCUGUGUUCGAAUGUACUUUUUAUAGUAAGCCAUUGAUAUCUAAACCAUCGCAAGGUGCCCUGAUUUACUGGAAUACAUGUAGUCACUUCCUUCUUGUCACCAAAUAAGGAAUCUCAUGGAAGAGAGCCUGUAAAUUUGAAUAAUACAGUAAUUUGGGGAUGAGAGAGAGAGAGUGCAUACAUACGUACAUGCGUGCAUGCGUGAGUAUGUGUGUCUAUAUAUUAAAAUAUAUUUGGAGUUUCCAUUUAAAUAGCCAUAAUUUGCGUUGAGGUUUUUUAUUCCCAAGUCGACUCAAACUCUCUCACUUUUAACUGACUAGAUCCUGGAAGUAAUAUGAUGCCUAUCACACCUAGUACAUUUUCCAAUACCAGUAACAUCAUCCGUCUCUGUCUGACCUGACACUUCUCCCAUACUUCACACAGAUACAUCCCUUCCUUAGAUCAACAUGGAUAUCAAGCCUCACUUGCAUGUGUUAAAAGUGACAAGUGUGACUAAACAAGGGGAAUGCUGGGAACAUUGGUCUUUUGGAAUACAGAUCAACUAAAAGUACUAAAUGUAGCCAUUCCUACAUUCUAGAUCAUAUAUUUUUUUAAAUUAAUACAUUUUCUCAGAAUAAUGUCACACCUGGUCUCCCUAUGAUAUACGGUGCUCCACUACUGUUCUCUGCCCCAUGGCUCCUUGGACACGCUUACAUGCCUAAGCAUGUACAAAAAUAAAUCUCUUUAAGUUCAUGUGGUCUUGGGCAUUCCUUCAUUAGUGCCAUGUGUGGAACUCUAGGGGUUAAUCUCAUUUAUGUUCCACCCAUUGUAAAAUGCUGCAGAAUUUGUUGGCAUUAUAUUUAUAACUCCGCUAGUGAAAUACAGCAACAUGGUACCCCCUGCAUGUAACCAUGGGUAGCGGUGGUGUCGUGGUUUGAUUCCCCCUCCCCUUAUCAAAAUUGGAUAAUGCUUGAGUGUCGGUUCAUUCAGACAGGCUUAUUACUUAAAGUGUACGUUUUUCCUUUAACCAGUAACCAUUUCACUGCUGGAUCCACCAGCAGCCCUAUUAACAUAACUCUAAACUCUACUCAAAAAAUGAAAAGGUUUUAAGUGCCGUUGUGAUGAAAACCAGCGUUGGGUCUCCGUGUUUUAGUAUUAAAACCUCUCUUUUCCCUUUCUUUCAGCUGCAUGGACAAUGUUACCAUAACACUGUUGGCCCUGACAUUAGGGUCACUGCAAUGAUGGAGAUUGGGACGCCCAUUCAAAUGAUUCAGCUCCUGCAAGCCCCCUGGGAAGAGAGAUUUAAAGUAAGAUAACAUAACAAUUGAUUGUUUCAGUGGAAUUCCAAGCUCCUGCCGUGUAAAGUACUGUAAUCCUGUCGACAGUGGGAGAGUUGAUGCCUGUUGCUGUUACUUCCUAAUACACUGGAUCCAACUCCAUCUGUUACCUGGUCAAUGAAUCUAUUAUCCCACAGCAUAAUGGAUUAGUUUAGUGUAAUGCAAAAAUAGCAGAAAUCCAACGUCACAUUUAGGAAAUGUAUCUUUUAAAUGUACCAGUAAAUCACGUUUCAGAAGAUUUUUAACCUUAGAUCCAGAGAAGCAUUUUUAGUGUUUUUCUUUUUUUUAAUUCUUAAAUUUAUUUUUUUAGUGACGUGUUGAAUUGUACAUUAUUCUGUGAAGAUUAACAAAAUAUUGAAGGGUUAUACACUGAAUUUAUAGCAAAUUAAUAUGCAAACGGAAAAAUUAAGGCUAAAGCAACCAAUUUGUGAUUAUAGUUGAGAUUAAGAAUUUCUUCAGAUUUACUAUGUUUAUCUUAAUUUAGCACUUUUGGAUUUAAACUUGCUGCAUGUUUUUUUUGGGGGGUUUUUUUUGUUCCUGGAUGAGCAGUUUGGUAGAAGAAUUCACUAAAUCAAGUUUGAUUGCAAAUACAGAAUUUACUUUCCAAAAGUAUUGAAUGUUUGUUCUGGCAAAAAAAUUUAAUAAAUUUAGGCUCAUAACAAUUGAAUUAAAGAAAUGCAGUGGAUUAAUUAGGAGAACACAAUCGAAUUUGACGUUGCUCUACUCCCUAUGCGUUUGGAACGGGCUUUACAUGAUUUAAUUAGUAUUGUCUUAUGUGAUAAAUAUUUAUAGCUCUGGAAUAGAUUAAUGUAACCAGUUAGAGUUUUGUUAAUCUAGUUAAGUGGGAAUUUAUGUAAUAUUGUUUAGAAUGUAAAUUGGAAGGCAGGCCUCUUAAAUCAUUCUUUAUAAAAAAAAUUAUACCUGUGAAUAGUGAUGUCCCGAACGGUUCGCCGAACGGUUCGCCAUGGACGGCGAACAUAUGCGCUGUUCGGUCCGCCCCUUUUUGGCAUCAUUGAGUAAACUUUGAACCUAUACCUCACAGUCAGCAGACACAUUCUAGCCAAUCAGCAGCAGACCCUCCCUCCCAGACCCUCCCACCUCUUGGACAGCUCACUAAGAAUGCAGCUUCACAAUGAAUGUAAAAUGGAUGCUGUCCAGGAGGUGGCAGGGUCUGGGAGGGAGGGUCUGCUGCUGAUUGGCUGGAAUGUGUCUGCUGACUGUGAGGUACAGGGUCAAAGUUUACUCAAUGAUAACAUAGGGGGCGGACCGAACAGCGCAUAUGUUCGCCAUCCGCAGCGAACCCUUCGGCGAACCCUUCGGGACAUCACUACCUGUGAACCUUUGGAUUUUAGCUCCAAAACCAAGUAUUUCAUAAGUGUUAAUCACUAGGUUUGCUUACAGAAUUACUGAUAUAUAUUAAACGUAGAUACAAAGCGUUAGUGCAAUAUUAAACGAGUGGGGUGCUAAAAAGAGUAGGGGUAUUAGUUGGGUACUUACCCACCAUUACAUGGGCUAUGGAAAUCUCUCUUAGAAUAUAACUUACUGAAUGUGGACUUUCCGUAUCUUCUCUGGACAGAUCUGCUUUGAACUGGUGCAGUUGUUACAUUAUUUGGCCAACUCACCUAUGGGAUCUAUAGCCCUUCUCGAUUUCCAGCCCCGGCAGUUUGUCUUAGUGGAUGGAAGUCUCAAAGUGACAGAUGUGGAUGAUGCCAUUACCAAAGAGCUGACAUGCACCCAAGAUGAAGACUGUACCCUUGACUUCCCAUCCAAGACAUUUGUCCUCAAGUGUUCUGCAACUGGGACAUGUGAAGGAAUCAAUGAAAAGAGGAACCUGUACAAUGCAUACAGGUAUGUAAAACAUAUUUAGAAAUUUCUUAUAUAGGACGUUAGAAAUUUAUUCUAGGAUGUGCUUUCUAAGAAAUUGCUAUUUGGAUAAAAAAAACAUAAGCAUCUUUUUGGUUUUUGUAGGACACGUUGCUAAGUAAGCAUCAUUCAGGUGCGAAACGCGUUUUUGUUAACUUUUUGCUAUGCACCUGGAAUCUCUAGUGUCCUCUCUGUAUGUGUUAUAAUAUCAAAGGAUUAAAGUGAAGUCUUUUACUUUUUUGCUUAUGUUUUCCUGCUUAAACAUUUUUUUGCACUUGGAGUGAUAGAAAAACUUUAUAACAGCCACCUAGAAUAUCUUGACUAACCACAGAAUCGAAGUUGACCCUGCUUUCAAAUGAUGGCAAAAUAAAUAUUUAAAGGAAUAUGUUAUGUGUUAAAAUAUUCUGUACAUUUUGUACAAAUGUCAGUUUUCCAAAAAUAUGUAGAGUACACAUAACUAUAUGAUAUAAAAACAUAGUACUUGUUUAAUUUAACAUUUUCUGGACUCAAAGGGUCAUUAAAAUUAUCCAAAAUUUAGACCAUAUAUCCCUUACUUUCAAUAAACACACGUCUUAUGGUUUCAGGUUUUUCUUCACAUAUCUUCUUCCUCAUGCUCCACCUCUAGAGCUGCAACCGCUUCUCCAGGACAUCAUGAAUGGCACAGGUACAGAGGAAAACGUUCUUAUGUGUCCCUCAUGUUGCUCAUUUAUGGCUUACCUUGCCCAUCUGCUGAUAACAUGUAUAUCUCUCUCUAGGUGACUUACGCUUCGGGAUAAACGAUACACUGAAGUCAUUUGAAAAUGUUUUGAAUCUGUACAAGUCAGGAAUGGAUCAUCACAACGAAACAGACUAUCUAAAAGGUUUAUUUCUUAUAUAUUAUUUAUUAUGUACAUUAUGUUUACAUUGGUAGCAUUAUCGAAUUACACUUCUGCUGCUCUAAACCAAAGACAACUUCGAGAGUCGCAGCCUAUACAAGAGAUCACUGAAACAUGUAAUUUGUUUUCCAUAAUUAUUCUGCAGAGAUACAGUGAGACUGUCAAACCAUGUACUGUAACUAAUUGCCCAUAGUUAACAGAACAUUCACCUGGUUGAAAGGUUUGUGUUUUCUAUGGUAACCUGGGGAACGCACCCUAACUGUACUAUAGUUAAUGAAGUGAUAACUUUCUGAAUCAGGUCAGAAAGUGGCUUGAUGAUUUAGGAGGAGGUCACUGAAACACCCAGGCCAGCUGUGCAAAUUGCUCAUCAUGCAGGGUUGAGUAUAGAGUUUAAUGGACAAAUACGUAUUUCUUUAUAAAGCAUUCAUCUUAUCAGGCUUGUUGUAAUAAGGAAAACCUGGACUUCCUAGAUUUGGCAAAGAAAAAAUAGCACAGAAAAUUUUGAUCACUUUUGUUUGCAUUUUCUGCAACAUUUUUUUUUCUUCAAUUUGAUCUAUAUAGCAACAUCUUCAAUUUGAUCUAUAUAGUCCUUGGCUCCUAUUUGUUCGGUAAUCUGUAUCUCUUGCAAACUUCUAUGUCAUCAUCCUGUAAAGAGUGCUACAUUGGGUGCACCAUUGAACCUAGCAACCAAAAGGAAUACAUUAUCAUAUGAUUGCCUGUGCACUCCUGCAGAAGUCUUGGUUGACCAACUCAUGGGAUAGGGGGAUGGGAAGUAAACGAGAAACAAUGCAUGUACUUUAAAAAGAAUUGGCUACCAACAAAGUGCUUUCAAUGCUUCGCCUCUAGACUGGCAAAAUCGAAAUAUAUAAAAACGCAAAACUUUUUGAGGAGAUAAAAUUCCAACCCUUUGACUACCUUUAAAUUACUAAUUAUUUAUAUUGUUAUAUACUUGUUUUCUUCUGUUGGUUGAAAUAAUAAUUUAACAUGGGAGAUAGCACUGUCCUAUUAUGCUAUGUUCAUAAAUUGAUGUGUUUGUUUUAUCCCCAGACUAUCUUAGACUGGACGGUUUCCGGAUAAUUGACAAUAAUAACCAUUUCAGAUGCUGGCCAUCCUACAAUCACCUGGGCUGUCUUCUGUCUGUGCACAGCGCCGAGGAAGCGGCCGAAAUUUGCAGCAAUCAUACCAGAUGUCAAAAUUUCUUUAUUGGUCCACAAAGAACAUGGACAGGUGAGAGUUAUAACAAUUAUCAUAUGAACUCUGAAUUUCGAUAGUAAUCUCUAAUAAUAAGAAAGAAUAAUAUCAAAUCAAGAGACUGAAUAAACUAUUCUUUUGUUUCAAAAAAAGAAAGGACAACAAUGAACUGGAAGUUUUAGGACAACAAUCAACCGGAAGUUUUUACAAUGUUAUGAACAUGGUGUUAAAGAUUGUUGAUGAUAACAGUUCGUUAUCUCUUUCCUAAUGUUUUCCUAACCUCUUUUGCACAAACCUUGUGGAUAAAUGUUAUGGCUUUAUCAUAGGGUUGGAGUUCACUGCUUAAUCCCAGGGCAUAUGUCACAAUUUUGUUAUAUUAUUUAUAUUUUAAUAUAUAUAUAUAUAUAUAUAUAUAUAUAUAUAAAAUUAAAAGAAACAGUUGCUUGUUGCAUAGUUGUUACUAAGGUUUGUGCUGUGUUUAUUAGUUAUAAAAUAGGUUAUAAUGUCCCAUAAAAUAUAAAUGGGCAGAAGUAAACUAUGUAUAAGACACUUUUUUUAUUUAGAAAUUAAAUAUAUCAAGAAAUUUACUUUAAAAAAACCCUCACAUCUUUGUUUUCUGAUUGUUUGCAUGGAUAAUUUUCAGUUCCAUCCAUAGAAUUUCCAUGUUCAGAAUUGCUUGAUUUAUUGCGUCUGCAUUUUCCAAUAUCUCUUGGCUCUUGAGAUUGCGAUCAGCCCUGUUUUUCCUAGUUAUGUUUUGGGCGUACGAUGGCUCGUGUAGAUACAUGUAAACCGGCAGUCAUACAUUUUGCUUAUAUUAAAAAAAAAAAUACUUUUAUUGAAUGCCAACACGUAAUGUGCCACAGGGCUUACGUGUUAUCUCAAAAUUCAUUGUACACACUUUUAAUCUUUAGAAAACAGUUCUGUACAGAAAACUGUUUAAAUGCUUUACAUAUGCCUUUUGUCCCCAAUGGAGAGGUUAUUUAAGCUUAUGAAAGAAGCUGGAAAGUUGAUAUGCUCAGCAAAAUGUUCUGAUAUUAAUCUUAGGGCACGCAUCCAUGUCUGAAUGUUUAUUUUUUUGCUAUAUCCUUGAGUAUUUAAGGACAAUUAGCUUAAACCAGCUGUGUCUUCUAAAAGUAUUUUCCAUUUUCUGAAUCUAGAACAAUAGAUAAUUAUUUACACUAACCUAUUAAUUGCCAGAUGGAUGUCUGACGCGUUUCACAUUAAGCUCGCCCUUUAAAGAAUUACCAACGGAUUAAUGCAAGGACAUAAAGUGUGUCUCUGAAUUUUUCACAUAAAUGUAUGAAUGAACCAUAUGGGAUUUAAAUCCAACAUUUAGCAAUGAAAAUAAUGCACAAGCUGGUAUCUCAGUUAAAGGAACACUAUAGUCACCUAAAUUACUUUAGCUAAAUAAAGCAGUUUUAGUGUAUAGAUCAUUCCACUGCAAUUUCACUGCUCAAUUCACUGUCAUUUAGGAGUUAAAACACUUUGUUUCUGUUUAUGCAGCCCUAGCCACACCUCCCCUGGCUGUGACUGACACAGCCUGCAUGAAAACAAAAUGGUUUCACUUUCAAACAGAUGUAAUUUACCUUAAAUAAUUGUAUCUCAAUCUCUAAAUUGAACUUUAAUCACAUACAGGAGGCUCUUGCAGGGUCUAGCAAGCUAUUAACAUAGCAGGGGAUAUGGACAUAUUACGCAGGGCACUGCGUAAUAUGCUGGCGAUAUAUAAAUUGUAAUAAGUAUUAUUAUUAUGCAACACCUAAACUCAUAAACUCAUUCUUGUUACAGGUCGACUUCUGACUUCAUUCACAAGUGGCCCAGUUAAACUCGUUCCUGACGUUAACUCACAAGUCUACGUAAAAAAAAACAGUGACUCGUGACAUCCAGAAAGUCCAAGAAACCCACCAAAUAAAUUCAAUGGAAACUUGUACUGGCUGCACAAAAAUUCCAGUAUAUUCCAUUUGUAAGAAAUAUAAUCUGUGCAUGUCACAGAAUGACGAAUUUAGUACAAAUGUUAUGAACUAUUAUGCAGAGGAGGAUUAAGAUCGCACAAGGCCCUAGGCCAGUUUAUCCCCCCCUUCCCCUUCAUUCUUCACAUAGGGAAUAUUAAUGGGGCCAAGCACAUUCUAACCUAGGCCCUAGGUGGCUGCUUAGGGGAAGUUUAUGGUUAAUCCUGCCCUGCUACUAUCUAUUAACUUAACUGCACACUGGUUUCCAUUGUAUAACUAUCUGGGUGCUAUUAUCGCACAUAUUGCACAGUGCUAUCCAUUACAGUAUGUACACAUCAUGGGUGAUAGCCUUGUAUUUAAUUGCCUUGUAGGUAAGAAAUGUACUUUCAAUGAAAGACUCUAUAUUUUCAGAAUGAUUAUUUAUUUCUAAGUUUUUUUAAAAUAAA